CAGGCCUCGGUCGGUGCUCUGCGCGCAACAGCAACGCCGCGCCGCGGCCCCGACCAGGAAGUGAAUUUGAAGAAAAUACGCGACUGUGGAGGUAGGAUGACAUAGAGGAGGAGAGGUGGAAGAGAAGGCAAGCGGAGGAAGAAGAAGAAGAAGAAGAAGAAGAAGAAGAAGAAGAAGAUCGAACGCGUUUCUGGACCUGUAUUGAGCUGCUGCCCCUCUGGGAUACUCUGGAAAAAAAAUGCUCAUAAAGGAAUUUCGAGUGAUUCUUCCUAUCUCUGUGGAAGAGUACCAGGUUGGCCAGCUGUACUCUGUGGCCGAGGCCAGUAAGAAUGAGACGGGUGGAGGAGAAGGAGUGGAGGUGCUAAAAAAUGAGCCCUACGAGAAAGAAGGCGAGAAGGGACAGUACACGCACAAAAUCUACCAUUUGCAGAGUAAAGUGCCAUCAUUCGUCAGAAUGUUGGCUCCAGCUUCUGCUCUCAAUAUCCAUGAGAAAGCCUGGAAUGCAUAUCCGUACUGUCGCACAGUUAUCACUAACGAGUAUAUGAAAGAUAACUUCCUGAUCAAGAUUGAGACAUGGCACAAACCUGACUUGGGACACCUUGAAAAUGUUCACGGUUUGGAUGCAGAAACUUGGAAAAAGGUGGAUGUAGUCUAUAUUGACAUUGCGGACAGAAGCCAAGUGGAUUCGAAGGACUAUAAGCCCGAGGAAGACCCGUGCAGGUUCAAGUCGAUGAAGACCAGCCGAGGCCCUCUAGGACCAGACUGGAAGAAGGAGCUUCCUAACAAGAAAGACUGCCCACACAUGUGUGCCUACAAACUGGUCACUGUCAAAUUCAAGUGGUGGGGACUGCAAAAUAAAGUGGAGAGUUUCAUUCAGAAGCAAGAGAAACGCUUGUUCACCAAUUUCCACCGUCAGCUGUUCUGCUGGAUCGACAAGUGGAUUGAAUUGAACAUGGAAGACAUUCGCCGCAUGGAGGAGGAGACGCGCAAGGAGUUAGACGAGAUGAGGGUGAAGGACCCCGUGAAGGGGAUGGUGGCUCUGGAGGACUGAGGUUGUGUCAGACUGUGAAUGCUGCUGCUCAUCGGACCAGAAUACCCAGACACCAGCGGAUUCACAUCCUCCUCUUGUUCCAACUGAUACAACACCUGACCGGCCGGUCCAAACUCUUCCUUCCCCCGGUGCAAUCUGGUUUUCGGGGACCUGGACCCAGUAAACUCCCAAUUUUCCAGCUGGUCUCCUCCACCCCAUUCCACCCCCCCACCCCCCAGUCCCAUCUAUCUCUGUUUGUUUUUCCAUCCAGUGUCCCCAUCUUAAUAACUGCUCUGAGGCCUCCAGUAGCAACAAUAUAGAUUUUAUCAGUCCUCUCUUUCUCUCUCUCAGUGUGCGAACUGUUCUAAACUACAGAGAAUAGUGUCAUAUACUCUGCAAUUUAGGACUUCUUUCUAUUUAAGAUGUCCCAAUGUGUAUAUAUACAGUAUACAGUAUAUUGGGGAGCUGAAUCAUUGUAUUGAAAUAUAUAUAUAUAUAUAAAUAUUAAUAUAUAUAAACAGGGUUUUUAAAAUGAUUUGUCCUUAAGUGUGUCUGUGGAUUUUUAUUCUUCCAGACUAAGCUGUGUCUGCUCAGUGUUGCAUUUUGAUCCCGUGUUUUUUUUUCUCUUCUCGUUUUUCUUUCUUUCUUUUUUUCCAUAUUUUUCUGGAUGUGUUAGUACCUCCCCUCUCGCCAUUUGUGUCAUGUUUUAUGCAGUGUUUCCUUUUGUUGCUCAAAUCAAUUUGCAAAUCUACAAACUGCAGCUGCAAGGUCGCAAUUGUGAGUGUUAUGUUGUGUCUGUUGUGCUCCUGAGGUACCAGAUAGGAUUUAUUCGUAUUAUAUCCCUGAAUAUGUUGAUGCAUUCAUUGGCUUUUCUGCGACUUUGUGUGUGUGUGUGUGUGCGUGCGUGCGUGUGUUUCUGUAGCUUUUGAAGGCCAUAUUUUAAAUUUUUUCGUCACCAGCUCAUUUCUCUUGAUCUUAAGUUCCAUCAGGCUGUUCAAACAGUCUGCUAGAAAGUGAAAGAAUCAUUUUUAUAUUCAAAUAUUCAUUAACACACACACACACACACACACACACACAUAAAGAGAGAGAAAGUCUCUUCUACUCUUCUCAUAAGAUAGAAGACAAAAUGUAUGAAUACAAUAGAAAAUGCACAGUAGACAACUAGAACAGCCAUAAAUGAGUAUAGGACUGUCUCUCCUUUAGUCUGACAAUCCACAGGAUUCACAUACUUUAAAUGCAAAACUUGUUUUUUCAUGGUGGUGAUUUUAAAAUGAACAGCCACCACGGAUAUGCAUCUCUUCCCACACGCUGUAGAUAGAAAAAAAUGUUCUCUGAGAGUAAUACUUUAAGGUUGUCUGCAUAAAUCUUUGCCCUGUCACCCAUUCUGUCAUUCCUCCAGUGGAUAAAUGGUAUUAUCCAGUGAUAGCAAUAACUACCAUGACACGUUGGGUCUCCCGUUUAUCAUUGACAAUCUGUUUCUGUCGUGAAAACAGUUUUAUUCGAGCAGAAGCGAAGCUGAAAGUCAACUCGUUGUUAUUUGUUAAACGCUGGUUUUGUGGUGUCCGUCUUUGGAGGAGUCUGCCGAUUGUUGUUUGUAGUAGUGUGGUUUUUUCGAUAUAUGCAUGGGUGUACAUGAGUAAUGUAUGGUGGCGUGUCUUUGAAGAGAUCCGAUGCUGGCUGGGUAAAGAGGGGAGGACGUGAUGAAGGUAGUGGAGCGUUUAACAACAGGCCCUGUCCCGAUUCCUCUUGUUGAUGACUGUCUGGCCUCCUUUUGUCCUCAGUCAUCUUUAUUUUUUCUCUUUUCUAUCCUUCACAUCCUCCACAUAUUUUAACAGUGUGGGAACAUUAGAGAGCAAGCAACAGAUAACAUCAGAAGGCCAUUGCCACAAUGCUUACACAGUUUACUCACAGUUGAUACAUUUGAAUUAUGACAGUGUCAUGGACAAAAUAUCUGCCAUCAAAACAAGUAAAAUAAAAAUAAAAAAUAAAAAUAUAUAUAUAUAUAUGUAUUUAUGUGUAUAUAUACAUAUAUAUAUAUAUAUAUACUGUAUAUAUGUAUGUAUGUUAGCACUUAGAGUGAUUGUAAAAUAAAAUUUGAUUAAUUUGACAUUCAUAUCAAUAUUUUGCCUAGAAUAAAAAGCAGACAUUGUGCAUUAAUGACUACGUCACAAAACAAAACAGCUUUCAUAAAAAUGUCUAAAGAUGUUUUUGCGCUGUGACAUUCACCUUCACUUUUUCCAACCAGUGAACCUGCUUUAUUUUACUCAGCUUUCUAAGUCUUUAGCAUGAUAAAUCCAAAUUUCUUUAAAAAAAAAUAUACCAUUAGAAACUGUAUUAAAGCAGCCUUGCCUCGGUGAUACCUACUUAAUAACUUUAAAAUCUCUUAUUGUCCAUCCUUGUGACACGUUUUACAGGUAUUUGUGUAUCUGUCAGAUUAAGAUUCUGUUGCGUCCUCUUUAAAGAAAACACACCUCUCUCUGUGUCCAUCGAGCAUCUCACUCACUGUCAGUGAUGGGGCUACCAACUGAUUCAUGGAGAUUUAUGGAUGUACUGGAGAUUUGUGGAUGUACUGUAUGUACCGACUCUGUAAAUAGCAAAUAAAUUAAUGUAGAUGAUACAUAAAUAUAUAUAUAUAUAGACCAGACUGUCCUGCCAAACCUUCAGCACACCCUCUCGGCACUUGAUCCUCUAAUCCCCUUGCUAAAUCGUCAGGCAUUACACAGACCACAGUGACCACGUUGCUCUCGCAGAGGUGUCCUGAGGGGGCGGAGAGCUACAGUUGCAGAAAUGUGCUGCUGAUUAGAUAUUUAUCCUUACACGCUGUUAGAGGUUUUGCUGGCUGCAGAUUUUAAUGACGCCCCAGCAAAGCAGUGGAGAGCUGAGAUGCUGUGCUGUUUGCAGCGGGAGGGAGAAAAAAGCAAAGCAAAGCAAAAAGCCUAUCCACUACUUCCUCUCCUUCUCACGUCCGUGCCCUCACAGACCGGGACCAGGUCUCAUUGACAGGACAGUGUAUAAAUAUAUAUUUUUGUUCUGAAUGUUGUUGUACUGCUGUUGUCAGUCUCUGAACUACACCCGCCUCUCUCACUGAAAAGGAACAUACCGUAUGGCGGCAGCUUGGGUCGACUCAUUGAUCCACUUAAUUAGCGGAUGGUGUCGGCACUAAGUGGAGCCUCCGUAGGAAUUUAGUUAGAUUUGCCGUCUUGUGGUCGGCGAUGGGGGUCGAGGGGAAACUACUCCGCAGCUACGACCGGGUGCUUGAGGCUUGUCUGUUUGGAAACAGAUACUGACUGUAGAUCCAUUUUAAAGACACCAUACAAACUUGUGAGAGAACAUGGCUUAACAGAGACAAUCUCAUAGAUAUCUGUUGUUAGAUUCCUCAAUUUAUAAUCAGAGUAUGAAACCAAAUGAUUCCACAGUUCCAAACUGUUUUUAGAUUAUAAAAUCUCUCUCUCUCUCUCUCUCUCUCUCUUACUCUCGCUCACUCCUGUUAACUUGUCUCCUGUUUUUUCCUUUCUUUUAUUGUGAAUUUGUGCCUUUUUUUGUCAUCUUAUCUUCCAAUAACACUACUGUACAUUGGAGACGUAAGAAAUGAAUAAAAAGAAGCAGAGCUACUGUACAUAA